UCAUGGAGACCCUUAACACGCUAAAAUAUGCAAACCGUGCUCGCAACAUCAAGAACAAAGUGAUGGUGAACCAGGACCGGGCCAGUCAACAGAUCAGCGCUCUGAGAACAGAGAUCGCCCGGCUACAAAUGGAGCUCAUGGAGUACAAGACGGGCAAGCGUAUGGUUGGCGAGGACGGUCUGGAAAGCAUCAAUGAUAUGGUGCAUGAGAAUUCCAUGCUGCAGACUGAAAACAAUAACCUGCGUGUACGAGUGAAGGCAAUGCAGGAAACCAUUGAUGCCCAGAGAGCCAGACUCACCCAGCUACUCAGCGACCAGGUCAACCAGACUCUCGCCAGAGCAGGUGAAGGGAAUGAAGAGAUCGGAAACAUGAUCCAGAAUUACAUCAAAGAGAUCGAGGAGCUCAGGGCAAAGCUACUGGAGAGUGAGGCUGUAAAUGAAACCCUGCGGAAGAACCUGUCCCGUGCCUCCACGCGCUCCUCAUUUUACGGUCCGACCUCCAUUACCCCCGGCCACCUUGCACCCGAAAAAGACGCCACAGAAAUCAUUGAAAUCGCAAAGAAAGACCUGGAGAAACUGAAGAAAAAGAAGAAGAAGAAAAAGAAGAGACUCCAGCAGAUGGAUGAAGGUGCUCAUGAAGAUCUUGAGAACGUCAGUGUCAUAAAGGAGGAGGGGCCAGAUAAUGAGCAGGAUAAAGAGGCCUCUGAAAGAGCAAAUGAGGAGCCAGAAGCGGAUGCGAGUGACCAUGAUGAAGGUGAGGAAGCUGAGGGUGAUGAAGAGGAGGAUGAGAUGGAGGUAGACAGCUCUGAUGAGUCUGACUCUGAGGAGGAAAAAGAGGACUUCCAGGCGGAUCUGGCCAACAUCACGUGUGAGAUCGCCAUCAAACAGCGGCUGAUCGAUGAACUGGAGAACAGUCAGAGGCGUCUGCACACGCUCAAACAACAGUAUGAGCAGAAACUCAUGAUGCUGCAGAGCAAAAUCAGAGACACACAGCAGGAGAGAGACCGUGUACUGCAAAACAUGGGCUCAGUGGAGUCAUGUACGGAGGAGAAAGCAAAGAAGAUAAAGUCCGAAUACGAGAAGAAGUUGAACUCCAUGAACAAGGAGUUGCAGAAGCUGCAGUCGGCACAAAAAGAACAUGCACGCCUGCUGAAGAACCAAUCACAGUACGAGAAACAGCUGAGGAAGCUACAGCAGGAAGUGACUGAGAUGAAGAAAACCAAGGUGGUUUUGAUGAAACAGAUGAAGGAACAGCAGGAGAAGAACCGAGUCACAGAGACCCGCCGCAACCGAGAGAUCGCCACACUCAAGAAAGACCAUCGCAAACAGGAGCACCAGCUAAGGCAGCUUGAGGCUCAAAAGAGACAGCAGGAGCUCAUUCUGCGCAGGAGGGCAGAGGAGAUAACUGCCCUGAGGCGCCAGGUGCGACCAGCAUCAGGCAAGGUUAACCGUAAGAUCAGUUUACCGGAGCCUUUGCAGGAGUCUUCACCCCGUACGGCUCCGAUCCGACCACAAACCACUGGGGCCACCGCUCCUAAUGGGACAAGAAAGCACCAGAUGAGAACAGGAGGGCUGUACUCUACCAGGACGGCGCGGGCCAAAUGGCAGUCGCUGGAGCGGCGCAUUAGUGACAUCAUCAUGCAGAGGAUGACCAUCUCCAAUAUGGAGACUGACAUGAACCGCUUGCUUAAGCAACGUGAGGAGUUGACCAAACGCAGAGAGAAGGUGUUGAGGAAGAGGGACAAAAUUGCCAGCGAAGACACAGAUGCUGAUAGGACUGUUCUAUCUCUUACCGAAGAGAUGGAGUCACUGACCGCUAACAUCGACUACAUCAACGACAGCAUUGCAGACUGCCAGGCCAACAUCAUGCAGAUGGAAGAGGCCAAGGAGGAGGGAGAUACAGUGGACGUCUCUGCUGUGAUCAGCUCAUGCACUCUAUCAGAGGCCCGUGUCCUUCUCGACCACUUCCUCCUAAUGGCGAUCAAUAAGGGCUUACAAACUGCACAGAAGGAGUCUCAGAUCAAAGUGAUGGAGGGCCGUUUGAAACAGACGGAGAUAAACAGCGCCACACAGAACCAGCUGCUCUUCCACAUGCUGAAGGAGAAAGCAGAGCUCAACCCUGAGCUGGACGCUCUGCUCGGGAAUGCUCUCCAAGAACUAGGUAGCGUGCCAUCAGAAAAUGGUGAUGAAAGCAGCAGCGAUGAAUCAGCACAGAGUCCGGCCACAGAAAAAAGUUGUUUGGCUUCGGAUCUCAUGAAACUUUGCGGAGAAACCAAAGCCAGGAAUAAGGCUCGCAGAAGAACCACCACCCAAAUGGAGCUGCUGUACGCCAACACUGGUGACCCUGACGCCCCUCCAGAGGAUUUCUCUGCCCCUCUGCUUCCUGUAGUGGAGAGUCCAGAAGAAAAUAAAGAACCUGCACCCGUUCCCUACUUAGGAGACAGAGACUCAGUGGCCUUCACCUCUAGCUUAGCAUCCAAGACAAAUGCUGUCUCCAGUGCCAGAUCUCCCACGGCUACAGAAAAGAGGUCUCUGGACCGCUCGCCUCUCACCCGCAGAAGAGCUCAGGACAGGAGCCAGAAUCCUACAGAAAGAACCAAAACCCUGGACAAACCAGGUGUGACAAGCCCAGCUCAGGCGGCCCGCUCCAGUCAAGCAGCCAGACUGCAGUGUGUGCACGUGGCCAAGGGUCAUACUAAACCCCUGCUGUGUGUGGACUCGACAGAUGAUCUGCUCUUCACCGGCUCAAAGGAUCGCACAUGUAAGGUGUGGAACCUAGUAACGGGUCAGGAGAUCAUGUCUCUUGGAGAUCAUCCCAGCAGUGUAGUGUCAGUUCGAUACUGUUCCAGCCUGGUCUUCACGGUCUCUACUGCUUAUGUCAAAGUAUGGGACAUCCGUGACUCCGCCAAAUGCAUCCGCACCCUCACUUCUUCUGGACAGGUGUCUCAAGGUGAUACGUGUGGGAGCUGUUCUGUUGCCAUUCCUCCAGGGGAAAAUCAGAUCAAUCAGAUCGCCCUCAAUCCUUCUGGAACAUUCCUUUAUGCUGCAUCAGGCAACACGGUCAGGAUGUGGGACUUGAGAAGGUUUGUAUCUACUGGGAAACUGACGGGAAAUCUGGGGCCGGUAACGUGUCUUAUGGUAGAUCUGGCAGGGAAGGGUCAAGAUGUGGUCAUAACAGGCUCAAAAGAUCACACCGUGAAGAUGUUUGAUGUGGUGGAAGGCGCUCAGGGCAGCAUCAGCGCCACACAUCAUUUCGACCCAUCCCAUCAGGAUGGGCUGGAGGCUCUGGCCAUUCACGGCGAUGCACUUUUUACUGCUGCCAGAGGCUCCUGCAUUAAAAAAUGGGACUUAACCCACAAACAGCUACAAGAGCAGGUAGAACGGGCUCAUUCAGAUCUGCUGAGCUCUCUGGCGGUGGUCCCUGGCUCCAGCGCUGUUAUGAGUGGCUGCAAGGGCGGAUUGCUCAAAUUCUGGCACACAGACACGCUUAGAGCUCUGGGAGAAAUAAGGGGUCAUGACAGCUCUGUCAAUGACAUCUGCACAAACAGCAGUCAGCUCUUUACCGCCUCAGAUGACCGGACAGUGAAGAUCUGGCAAGUGAAAGGAUCUUUAGAGGACGGCAUUCACUGAUGAGAACAGAAGGUCACUGUAAAGGUUUUGGCUUCCUACAAGAAUUUCCUUUACCAAUGUGACGCUUCUUUCCCGAAACUCUGGCAGCGAUUCAGAGGAGAGCUUCCUGUUGUAACUGCUGUAUAUUUCCUCAUGUACAGUGUUGAAGUGUCCUGUUUAGCUGUUGCUGACCGUAAAGGGGGAUGUUGUAGGUCAAUAAGUGGUUGUUGAUGUGGCACCUUCCUGAAGCUGGGCUUUGGGCAUCACAGACUGCCGUAUGAGCAGUGCGUUUAAGAAGCACAUGUGUUUGUGAACGUCAUGUUGACUGGACUGAACCGAUAUGCUCUUAAAUUAUUUGUUUAUAUUGAUGUCAGCUCUUUUCUGAUGUUUGUUGACCAAAGUUCGACUCUUUUUGUGCGAAUCUUUCCAAUGCAACUAUGACACGUCACAGCUCACAAUGCAACCGUACUGUAGACCUAACUGCACUGGAAUGGUACAAUGAUAUUUGCACCGGUGUCUCUGUCUAAUUUGUGUUUUACCUUUUUAUUAAGCCUCAACUGGUUCUUUUUCAUUUUCUGGUCGGAACUUUUGAGUAUGCUGUACAAAAUCUUUCCUCUGAUGUACUGUAGUUAUUAUCAAUGUCAGAUGGUGAGUGAAAUAAACUACAUCU